GUGGGGAUGGGCCCGGAUGGGGCGGCUCCAGGGCUGUUGGGGGACAGAGCCGCCCUUGGCCCCGUCUCCAGACCCGAUGGAGGAGGAGGAAGACGAGAUGGAGGAGCAGGAGGGGAGCUCUCAGUCUGAGGGACUCAGACUGGUGAUCUCCAUGGAUGGGGAUUCAUCACAGUCCCCUUCUCCACCAAAGUGGGACUCUCCCGUUCCUCUGGCCGGGCAGCCCGAGCUGCAGCCGGAGGAAGAGGAACCAGAGGACGAGGAGGAUGACCAGGAGUUCCAGGUGCAGACGUUGAGGAUCCCAGCAGAUGGGGACUCACUGGACUCUGCCGCUUUCCCAGAGGAGCUGUCGGAGGAGGAGGAGGGAGAUGAGGAGGAAGAGGAGCUGGUAAUCAGAAGGGUGAAGGCAGAGGAGGAAGAGGACCGAGAGUUUGAGCUGGAGUCGGAGGCACGCCAGGGCUCGCUGCCCACAGAGGAGCCAGUGGUGGAUUCGGAAGUGCGGGUGGAGACCAAACUCGAGGGGCAGAAGCUGAGGAUCCCAGUGGAGGGGAAUUCACCCGUCCUACAACUGAUGGCGUCCCCGGGGGGUGGGGGCAGAGCGAGGGCACCGAUGCCGGAGCGCUCCAACACCUGCGUGGAGUGCGGCAAGAGCUUCAGCCGUCGCUCCAAUCUGGUGAAGCACCAGAUCAUCCACACCGGCGAGAAGCCCUUCUCCUGUGGGGAGUGUGGACGCAGCUUCACCCAGAGCUCUGCCCUUACCAAGCACCAGCGCACCCACACCGGGGAGCGCCCCUAUGUCUGCGGGGAGUGCGGCAAGGCCUUCACCGCCAGCUCCAACCUGCUGCAGCACCAGCGUUUCCACACAGGGGAGCGCCCCUAUGUCUGCGGCGAGUGCGGCAAGGCUUUCAGCCAGAGCUCCAAUUACAAUCUGCACCGGCGCACGCACACUGGCGUCACCCCCUACCAGUGCGGCGUCUGCGGCAAGCGCUUCACGGGCAGCUCCUGCCUGGCUCGCCACCGGCGCACCCACACCGGCGAAAAGCCCUACCAGUGCUCCGAGUGCGGCAAGCGCUUUUCUGGCAGCUCCACCCUGGUCAACCACCGGCGCACCCACACCGGCGAAAAGCCCUAUGGCUGUGCGGAGUGUGGCAAGGCCUUCACCCACCAUUCCAACUUGGUGGACCACUGGCGUGUCCACACCGGCGAGAAGCCCUACAUCUGCGCUGAGUGUGGCAAGAGCUUCCGGCUCAGCUCCCACAUCAUCCGGCACCGGCGCACCCAUGCCAACGCCGGCACUGCCAAUGCCAAUGGGGCUGACCGCCUGUACAUCUGCAGCCAGUGUGGCAAGGGCUUCCAGGUCGGACCCAGCCACCUGCAGCAGCAAUCCCACCAGGAAGAGGGACCCUAUAGCUGUACUGAGUGUGGCAAUAGCUGCUGGACCCCUGCUGCGCCCGGAGCCAGGCACUUCCUGUGCUCGGCCCCCUCCCGGGGAGAGGUGAUCAUCCCCUGGGCUGAUCUCAUCCCCCCUUGGACGUGCCCCCCCCCAUACAGAUGGUGCUGCAGGGGGUCCAUUGCUGAUGCCAGGCGAUCCCCAGGGAGACACGGCUGUGCUCUGGCUCAGAGACGGGCUAUGGCUACCCAGGUGGCUCCCCCAGCCGCUCUCAGGCUCCAGUUCCAGCCCCCACCGGGAUGUGGCCUGGUUCCCAAAGAGGAAGUGGAGGAGCCGGAUGCCCACGGACCCGUCGACAUGGAGAUGCAUCGUCUGCGCUUCAGGGGGUUCCGCUACCAGGAGGCUGAGGGGCCCCGGCAGGCGUACGACCACCUCUGCCUCCUCUCCCGGGCGUGGCUGAGGCCGGAGCAGCGCUCCAAGGAGCAGAUGCUGGAGCUGCUGGUGCUGGAGCAGUUCCUGAGCAUCCUGCCCCAGGAGAUCCAGAGCUGGGUAGGGGGGUGUCACCCCCAGACCGGGGAGCAGGCCGUGGCUCUGGCGGAGGGUUUCCAGUUAGCCAAGGAAGAGCCCGGAAUAUGGCCACAGCAGGAGGAGCCGGGGACGUGGGAGAAGGAGGCUGCGUGUUCCUCCGUGGCAGAGCAGACAGUGCUGGCCCCAGAACAUGGCAAGAUCUGCAGGCAGAUUAAGGAGGAGGAGGAAGAGACUCUGAUCUCGCCAGCAGGUGCCAGCACAGAGGAGGGGAAUCCCCAGCAGGAGGGGUCUGUGGAAGCAAAGACACAUGGGAUGUCCCGGAGUGCCAAGCAGGGAGAUGCUGGUGGGGCGGGACAGCAGCAGGGAGACCCCCUGGGUAAUGGACUGAACUCAUCCACUGAGCACGAAAUGAGUUUCUCUGGCCUCGAGAGGAGACUCGAUCGGUCCGACUGCAGGGGCGAGAACCAGGGCGGGGCGUGCCGGCCACAGGGGGACCCCCCAGCUAAGACUCCCAAGGCCAGGCGCCCCAACGCCUGCGCCGUGUGCGGCAAAACCUUCAGCAACAGCUCCAAUCUGAAGAAGCACCAGACCACCCACACCGGGGAGAAGCCCCACGGAUGCCCCCAGUGUGGCAAGCGCUUCAGCCACAGCUCCAACCUGCGAAAGCACGAGCGCACCCACACCGGCGAGCGCCCCUUCCGCUGCCCAGAGUGCGGCAAGAGCUUCCGCGAGAGCUCCAAGCUGCUCCGCCACCAGAACACCCACGGCCGCGAGCGCCCCUUCCGCUGCGCCGAGUGCGGCAAGGCCUUCGGCGAUGUGGCCCGGUGUCUGCGGCACCAGGCCCGGCACACGGCACGGGCCUACGCCUGUGGGGAGUGUGGCAAGAGCUUCCGCCAGAGCUCCACCCUGCUGCUGCACCAGCGUGUCCACACUGGAGAGAAGCCCUUCACAUGCCCCGACUGCGGCAAGAGCUUCAGCGUCAACGCCAACCUGGCGCAGCACCGGCGCACCCACACCGGCGAGCGCCCCUUCCCCUGCGCCCAGUGUGGGAAGCGCUUCACCCAGAAAGCCACCCUGGUCAAGCAUCAGCGCACCCACCGGCGCGGCGAGGGGGCUGGUGACGCUGCAGGGCCCAGGCUGGUGCAGCACCGGCGGUUCCUCCCGGAGCAGGGCCCUUCACCUGGCCAGAUGUGGGCAAUGCUGCGGCUGCAGCUGGGCGCCCGCUCGCCUGCCCCGGGGCCACAGUGGAGGACUGGGGACACCCGUCACCCGAAAGGGACCUUUCUCUCCCCGCUGCGUUAUGGAGGCUGGCGGGCCCGAGAUCUGAUGGCGCAGCCGGGCAGCCCAUCCCAGGGUGAGAUGGAGCCAAAUCCCCCCCGGGCAGCAGAGAACCAGUCGCCUGCUGAGCACCCAGAGGAUCCCGAAGCACAGCAGGAAACGGCAGGUACCGGGACGGAGGAGGAAAUUCCUCUGUGGGAAGGGCCUGCAGGAGCAGAGCCGCACGGGCCAUCCCGGAGCCCCAAGGGGGGGGAAGCUGGUGAAUUGGGACGGCAGAGGCGGGCGAAGCGGGAUGGUGAAGUGGCCCCGCCAGGCCGUGCUUCCCGCGAGGGGCCCAUCAUCUGUGGGGACUGCGGGAAGAGCUUCGCCAAGGACUCAGAGUUCGUCAAGCACGAACGCACCCACACGGGGGAGCGACCCUACCAGUGCCCCGACUGUGGGAAGGGCUUCACCAACAGCUCCAACCUCCUGCGCCACCAGCGCAUCCACAGCGGCGCCAAGCCGUACCCCUGCGCCGAGUGCGGGAAGAGCUUCCGCCACAAGGAGCACCUGACCCGCCACGGCCGCGUCCACGCCACGGAAAAGCCCCACGUCUGCACCCACUGCGGGGAGGCCUACAGCACCCGCACCAACCUGCUGCGGCACCAGAGCAGCCACACGGGAGAGCUGCCCUACAAGUGCCCCGAGUGCGGCCGGCGCUUCGGGGAGGCGGCGGCGCUGGCGGGCCACACGGUGAUCCACAGCGGGAAGCCCCACAUCUGCCCCGAGUGCGGGAAGGGCUUCCGGCGCGGCUCGUCGCUGCGGGAGCACCAGCGGGUCCACACCGGGGAGCGGCCCUACGGCUGCCCGCAGUGCGGGAAGGGCUUCAGCCAGCGCUCCUCCCUGGUGCUGCACCGGCGCACCCACACCGGCGAGCGCCCCUACGUCUGCGGCGACUGCGGGCGCAGCUUCAGCGUGAGCUCUGCCCUCAUCACCCACCAGCGGCUGCACACCGGGGAGCGCCCUUUCCCGUGCCCGGAGUGCCAGAAGCGCUUCAGCGACCGCAAGGCCCUCAAGCGGCACCAGCGGGUCCACACUGGGGAGCGGCCCUACCGCUGCACCGACUGCGGCAAAGGCUUCAGCCAGAGCUCGGCGCUGGCCACUCACCAGCGCAUCCACACCGGGGAGACCCCGUACGGCUGCGGGGCCUGUGGCAAGCGCUUCGGAGACCUCUCGGCCCUCAAGCGGCAUGAGCGCAUCCACACCGGGGAGCGGCCCUACCGCUGCGGCCAGUGCGGGAAAGCAUUCAAGCACAGCUCGGCCCUGGCCCAGCACGGCCGUACCCACACCGGAGAGAAACCCUACGUCUGCUCCCAGUGCGGCAAAGCCUUCUCUCAGGGCUCCACCCUCAUCCAGCACCAGCGGGUGCACACCGGCGAGCGCCCCUACCCUUGCCCCCAGUGCGGGCGAAGCUUCUCCCAGGGCUCUGCCCUCACCCAGCACCAGCGCACCCACACCAAGGAGAGCGACCCGCUGAUGGGACCCGGUGGGGCCCGGAUCUACCGGGACCCUUUCGUCCAGCUGCGGGAUGAGGAUGACGAGGAGGAUGGGGUGGGGGAGGUUCUGGUGCUGCCUCCAGGGACGUGGGACGCGGAGCUGGACGUGCAGAUCAAAGAGGAGCUGGAGUGAUGGAGGCCGGUGGGAGCAGGGUGUUGCCGCCCGCCAUCAACUGAUUCAACGUGGCUGGAUUUGGGUGUCACGGGAAGUAGUUGUCUCUGCAUUGGAGCUGGGGGCAAAGUGCCCGGGGUGGGGGCGUCUCCCCCUUCACCAUCCUCCACUCAGCAGGGAUUAUUAACCCCCGUAGGCCCAACCCGUUCCAGGAGGACCUGUCCCGUCACUACAUGGAUCUCGCCCUCUCUGUGCCUUGAUCUCUGCUCCUUCCCCUCUCCUGGGGCUGGCGAGGAGUGGGGGUGGCUGGGAGCUUUAGGGGCUGCUCCCCACAAGGCCAGAGAGAUGGAUGCUCCCAGGUGAAGGGCAGCCCCUCUCCUUCCCGGUGCCAUUAGCCCCCCCUGAGCUAGUUCCCAAGGGCUGAUGUGUAUGUUCCCAAGACUCCCAGCCCUGUCUGUCGUGAUGGGCACAAGGACGUUUUUUAUCCAUUGUCUGUUUCUACUUCUGUCUGAAAAUAAUAAACCCACAAUACCUCCCUCACUCACGGUCCGUGGCGGCUCUGCAGGGGCAGCAGCUGGGUUAUGCUGUUGACAUGCAAAAGGGCUG